AUGCCGUAUAACAUUGCUAUGGUCAGCGACUUCUUCUUUCCACAGUCGGGUGGAAUUGAAAGUCACAUUUACCAAUUGUCGUCCAAAUUGAUCGACCGAGGACACAAAGUCAUUGUCAUUACACAUGCAUAUAAAGGGCGCACCGGAGUCCGCUACCUUACCAAUGGACUGAAGAUUUACCACGUUCCGUUCUUCGUCAUCUACCGCGAAACAACAUUCCCAACCGUCUUCUCAUUCUUCCCCAUAUUCCGAAAUAUCGUCAUUCGAGAGGAAAUUGAUAUUGUUCAUGGACAUGCCAGCUUGAGUAGCUUCUGCGGAGAAGCUAUCCUUCAUGCGCGCACCAUGGGCCUGCGUACCGUUUUCACUGAUCAUUCCCUGUUUGGAUUCGCCGACGCAGCAUCGAUUCUUACCAACAAACUACUCAAGUUCACAUUGAGUGAUGUUGAUCAUGCGAUCUGUGUGAGCCAUACCUGUAAGGAAAACACAGUACUUCGGGCGUCCCUGGACCCGUUGAUGGUAUCAGUUAUUCCAAAUGCUGUUGUGGCAGAGAACUUCUGUCCAUUAUCGCACACCAACCGUCCAUCGGAUCAAACCCUGAGCUCACCCUCGGAUCCUCCCCUGUCCCCGCGGCCAAUUGGGCCGGAUGACCCAAUCACAAUUGUGGUUAUUUCUCGCCUCUUUUACAACAAGGGCACAGAUCUGCUGAUCGCCGCUAUUCCCCGAAUUCUUGCUUCUAAUCCCAACACUCGUUUCAUCAUUGCGGGAUCAGGCCCCAAAGCAAUCGACUUGGAACAAAUGCUUGAACGCAACGUGCUGCAAGACAAAGUCGAGUUAUUAGGCUCGGUACGACACGAGGAGGUCCGAGACGUGAUGGUUCGAGGGGACAUCUACCUCCAUCCGAGUUUGACAGAAGCAUUCGGAACAGUCAUCGUUGAAGCUGCAAGUUGCGGUCUUUACGUAGUGUGCACUCGGGUCGGCGGCAUCCCUGAGGUUUUGCCUCAGCACAUGACGACAUUUGCCAAGCCAGAGGAAGAUGAUAUUGUACUUGCAACUAGCAAAGCCAUUUCCGCGUUACGCUCGAAUCGAGUGCGGACUGACAGAUUUCACGAUCAGGUGAAAAUGAUGUACUCCUGGCGGGACGUGGCAGAGCGUACUGAGCGCGUUUACGAAGGAAUCAUUGGUGAUAUCAGACCUGAGGAAUUCUACGGAUACUAUCCUGGCCAGGGCUGGGAAGCAAGCGGCGAUCGCGUUCGCAGUUUCGCUCUCAUUGAUCGGUUGAAGCGAUAUUACGGCUGCGGCGUAUGGGCUGGAAAGCUUUUCUGCCUCUGCGUUGUGAUUGACUUCUUGAUCUAUGUUUUCCUGGAAAUGUGGUUUCCCCGUGCCAAUAUUGAUAUCGCCCGGAGUUGGCCAAAGAAGCCACCUGCGCCCAAGUCCCGUGAAUCCAACACUUCUCGCGGCUUUCGAUGA